GGCAUCAGUUGUUUCACAUUCUACAUUCAAGCUCCUAAUUAAAAGACCAAAUUCAAAAUGGCACUCUAUUAUAUUUUGGUGAUCAGUGUCCUGGUUGUCUUCACCCAAGGAUCGUAUUUGUCGUCGGUGAAUCAGGAAUCCGGAGUGGGAGUUCAUCAGUCUGGAGUUAUUUCAUCUGGAGCUCCAGCUGUCGGAAUAACCCGUGGCCACUCUGCUGCUCCUCAGCCCCAAAGACCCAUCUCUGGCUAUGGAUCCCUCUCUGGUCCUGUUGGAGGUUCCCGUCGAGUGCCCCCAAUUGGAGUGACCGGAUCUCGUCCUCGUGGUGGAGCUCCGCGUCGUCCAUCUGCUGGAGCUCAUGGUCGUCCAAAUGUAGGUGGAUCUGCCCAUGGAAAUUCCUACCAGAAUCUCCAACGCAGCCAAAAGCCUUAUUAAGAAACAGAACUUAUCAUCAGCAAAUGACCAAACCCAGAUCUACAUCCUUCUUGUUACAUCUCUAAACUACUCUCAAACCUUUUUCUAUCGCAAAUAAUAACAAAUGUUAUACAAAAGUUGAAACAAAA